AUGAUAGCAAGGAAAGUCCCCCCUCGCACGGCAGACUCCAGUGCUGCCAUGCUCUCGACGAUUCAUGAGCUUGACGGCAGCGAGGAAGGUUUCGUUUCUGAAUCAUACCACCGCCCCGAAGAUGUUGUCUAUGUCGGCUCCGAUGACGAGUACUACGAGAGCUCGGCCCAGCGAACAGAACGAUGCCGUGCGAAAUUCGAGGCCUACCUACAACGCGGCAGCCAACAUCCGCCCGAGAUCAUGUCAGCUAGUCUCAAAGGGCCUUUUGACAGCAAGAGCUGGGAGAACCCCUGGCGCAGUCGAAGUCAGCGAACUCUCACCACCGGUGCCACGAAGCAAACAAAAGUCAAGUCCAAAAGACAUCCUCCGAAGCAGCACUUAUCAACAACUAAGCGAGACCCAAUGCCAGAGACGACUCUGAGUUGUCUCGAUACUCCCACUGAUAUCAACCCCGCUCCCAUGGAUAAAAAGACAACGAAUCAAACACAGACGACAGCAUCACGGCUCCCUUCAGUCAGGGUGGUCUCGGAAUCAACAGCCAAGGAACAUGCACCCACACUUCUGCCAGUGACUGAUACUAAUGGCCUUCCGAACCCCUUCAACCCAAAGAAGCGUUUGAAGCAAUCAGCGGUGGACUGGCUGAGGCGCCCAGUUCCCGUCAAGAAGCGCAAGCCAGGACUGGUAGAACAGCAUGGACUCCCCCCUAGCUCCCCUUCAGAGCAGGUGGCAACUAAGCGCAAGAGGACAAGUGACAGCAGGGCAUCUUUGGCCAUAGUUACAGAAAUUGCUUCAGACGGCGUUCCUAGGAGUCCUGCCAUCCAAUCGUAUGACAAGCCACGGCUUUCUGUAUCUUCUGGCAUUGUUAUCGACGAGUCGACUGUGCCCGAAGAGUCUUCUUUCAUCAGUGAAAGCCUCAAACCUUUCCAGGAUUCGAAAGCGCCAAGCGCCACCUCGAAUCCUGGGAAAGAUGCUGCGACCUCAGGAAAGAAACCUUGCGCGGCUCCCCGUGUCAUUUCCUUGCCAUCUUCUUUCCACAAACGCAAGGAAUCAUACAACAGCAAGCCAGCGAGUCCAUUGCGUGACACACCCGCCACAUAUAGCAGUAGUCCUCUUUCUAGCAUAGACUCGUCCAAGAUCUUCGAAACUCAGAAAGACGAGAGUUUCUGCUUCAAGGCAAAGGUUCGUCAGGCAAACAAAACUGGAAACAAAGGGGAGCAGUUUGCAGCGCAGACAUAUAUUACAGGAGUCAGCCCGGCUCCCCGGGGGUCCCCGUAUUGCGGAAACGAGGAAAACGAGCCAGCGAGCCAGGAAUCCGACAAAAAUUCAAUCCAAAAGCAGGCUCUCGACGCAAUCUCUGAGCCUAGUAAUGGAGGCGAGCUCGAAAUCGACUCUGGGAGUGACCAUGUCGUUGGGGAUGACGACGACGAUGAUGAUAGUGAUGGUGAUGGUGGAACAAUAGCGGUGCAAGAUGCGCCACUUCACCUCUCCGCUGUCAAGGCGAGGCUCACUACCCAAGGCCACCGCAUGGCAAAGCCCAUAGGAAAUGGAUCACCUAUCCCUGCACGCCUUUCCGAAGUAAAGGCUACUAGUAUCACUUCUCUUCUCGGGGCCAGCCAGACUCUUCUUUCUUCGCAGUUGAACGCUCUGCAAAGCCAACUGGGGUCCAGGUGCUCUUCUCAAAGCGAUACCGAUUUUUCAGCUGGCGAUCACCUAGUAAGCCUGCAGCAGAAUUCUCAAACCAGAUCAAACAGGCCCAGUAUCAUUGCAGAGACUACCAUUGAUAAAGGAAGCGAAAGCACAACCAAUUUUGAGGCAGAUGAAACAACACUGGUUCAAGGGUAUUUCUCCGGCGUACCGGAGCUAUACUCGCAGUUGAAGGUUGACAGAGAGUAUAGGGAGGUUUCGCCAGCUGGAUCGCAAAGAUACUUGGGGCUAAGGAAGGCAGGAGAAGACAAGAGCCCAUAUCCCGGCUCUACUCAGGGCGCCUCGGGGAGCCCAUCGACAAACUCGCAAUCUGCGUCUUUGGAUAAUUCCAGAUUUGCUAGAAUCGCCAAAUAUGGCCCAGUCUCGUCCAGCCAGCCUCUGACUGCUUUAUCGGCGAGAUCAGAACAUGCUGUCUCAUCCACGAGGACACAAAGACCGGCAUCUCAACCCCUGCAAAAUCAUAUGAUUUCGCCUCUGUCUUCCCUCAGGGAUAUCGCACAAUCAAGUCUGAAUAUGUAUCUUGGUUCUGUCUCGGGUCGAGAGGCAACAAGGGCGAGUCUACCAGACCAAGUGCUCACAAGGCAAAGUGUUGAAAAAAUGAAACCGGACGCUCUCAUCCCUCAAGGCUUGUCGAAGUCCCCUGCUAGGUCUAGCCGAUGCACAAGCUCACUGAGUCGACAGCUUUCAAUCAAUGAUGGCAGCACAGACGAAAGCGAGGAUGAAAGUGAUAUCGAUUCUGAAGAGCAACCGAUCCAUGGCGCGACUGAGAUUCGAGACUGUGUCGCUGCUCAAAAAAUCCUACGACCUGCUGAAGAUACGGAAGGGAGCCCCAAACUUGCAACUCAAGACCAGAGUCCAUGGCGGCUUUCAGAAAAUAGCUUAUUAAGGACUUCAUUCCCUGUCAACAUGAAUGAUGAUUCAUUUUGCCUAUCUCAAAACAUGCGAUCAUCGCCUCCGCUGCCUAGGAUUCAUUUUUCGUUUUCUGACAGGGACACGAGUUCACAAAUGAGUCCGACGCCGGUAGCGCAAAGUCCAUGGGCCGGGGAAGAGAUGGCGACGCCGCGUGUCAAACGUGGUCAAGCGGCUGUGUCACCAUUACCACUAAGACAUUGUAUAAACAGCCAAGACGUUCCCAAUCCCGUGUUACCAAGCUUCACAGACGCCCGAAAAUCGGAGGAGCCGGACCACAGCAACUCACAGCGUACCGCCGCGUCGGUCAGCUGCCGUCCAUCGACCCCAGAGGACCAACUCUCUAGCUUACCUACGCCUGAGCUUACCUUUUCACUCAAACCCUUCCGUCGGUUCUUGUCUCCCUCUCCGCGUAGUGACAGACGCAAGUCACGCCAUACCCCAAACCGGACGUUGUGCACCCAAGACAUCCUCAGCGUCAAUCCUUGGGCACAAGAAUCUAGGCCAGCAAAGCGAGUAAGGUGGGCUCCGUUGCCAGGAUUGGAGGAUUCAGCGGAGGAAGGCCAAGGAUCAGUUGUGGCGGCAUUAUCACCUAGCACAAGCGAAGACAACGACAGCGAGUCAGACAGCAGUAGCUCAGACGACGCUGCCGGUGACGAUGAGGAUGAGGAUGAGGAUGAGGAUGAGGACUACAUCGAAGCGGGUCUGUCUCGGUCGGCAAGGUCGCGUAACGUGACACGCGCGAAGAAAACUGCAGCUGCCUUGCUCGCCUCGUCUGUCCAACCCCCUUCCGUCCCAACAAGGCCGCACUCGCCACCACCCCCAACACGGACAUUUUUUGAUGACCUCCCCAGCGAGGUGACGCUUUUCCAAAACCACUUCGCCAAGGUUGAUAGCGAGCGAAAGAUUUUCAAGCCGAAAACUCUCAAACGCCCACUUGCAGACGAUGCAGACCUGGUUCAUCAAUCUCCCGGUGGCGGCAGCCAGCCCAUCGAUGCCGUGGCGAGACGAUUCGCCGAGGCGGACGCAGCUAGCGUGCGACCAGCACCUAAAAGGCCGAGGAGCAGCAUUCUUAGUAAGCCUACAUCGUCUCCGCGGCAGAACGAGGAGAACGAGCAGCCCGUGGACGAUGUUAGCGCUGUUAUUGAUAACCUAAGCGACUUCCUGGGCGGGUGGGACGUGGAUGUCGAACUCACGCAGUCUGCCCGAGAGAGCGAGCAGAAUGAAGCUCAAGGGAACUAUAUGAGUUUAAAUAUGGGCAUAAGCCCCUGGGCGUGA